UUCCGGAUUGGCCAAAUCCGUCACAAACUGUGAAGUUUAAAAAAACAAAAAACAUUGAACGCGUAUCUUCCAUUCCGAGCAGAAGCCUUCCGUGUCUACGAGCUUCGAACUCCGGAAACAAUGAGUGAGUCCCUGACAGUGUGUGAUGUGGAUGAAGAUCUGGUCCAGAAGUUGAAGAAGUUUCGUCUCCGCAAGGAGACCAACAAUGCGGCCAUCGUCAUGAAGAUCGAUAAAGACAGGCAGCUCGUGAUCUUGGAUGAAGAACACGAGGACAUUUCUCCUGACGACCUGAAAGAAGAGCUCCCGGAGAGGCAGCCCCGAUUUGUGGUGUACAGUUACAGAUACCAACACGAUGACGGCCGCGUGUCCUAUCCUCUUUGCUUUAUUUUCAUCAGCCCCGUGGGUUGCAAACCGGAGCAGCAGAUGAUGUACGCAGGUAGUAAAAACAAGCUGGUGCAUACUGCUCAACUGACCAAGGUGUUUGAGAUCCGGAACACGGAGGACCUGACGGAGGAAUGGCUCCGGGAGAAACUUCGCUUCUUCCGUUAAGGAACCUCGGAAGGUUCACCUGCGCUGCUCUCUUUCCGAACCUCGACCUGAUUUAAAUAGUGUGUACUACUUCCUGUCUUAUUAUGGGCUUCUCACCGCUUGAAAUGUUUGCGGGUUGAGGCUAGGGCGGUUAUCGUACAGCGUACGCCAUCAGACGCGUACACCACUAACCACCAGGUCUCAUCCCACUCUCCCCAUUUGUCAUCUCUGUGUGUCAGUAUGGAAUGAAAACUCUUGUCGUGGACCAAACUCAUCCACGUGUCCCAAGUGUUUAGUUUUGGGAGCAUUUUCACAGGUUCCAAAAGUGUUAGUUUCACUUCUUGUGUAUUUUUGUCUCAAGUACUGUUCUUCCUUUUUUUUUUUUUUUUUUUUUUUUUUCCUUUAUCGGUGUGGGAAAUCAAACGUCCUGCCUCAGCAUGUGAAAUUCAGCUUUGUUGUGAAGAUUUAUUUGAGGGAUUAUAAAGCAUAGUCGAGGACAAUGAGGCACUUGAGACCUGAGCAUGGCUAACUGCCAUUUCCACACGUUAGCAUUCAUCGGAGUUACUCGUAUGCUCGGCCACCAUUCAAGUGUUGAUUUGAUUUUUGAGCUGCACACAGAAUAUGAAAACAAAUAUUUCCCUCAUGGGGAAAUGCUUGCUUUUUGUCAAGAGCGUUGAUCACAAUUACUUUGGCGCCUUAGUGCACAAUUGACACGGCCGAGAAGUCUUUGUUUAUCAUACCAUCCACAGUCAGGGUUUCACGAAAUAAAAUGAACGUGUCCAACGGGCUCGUAACACAAGCGGGAAGACUUCAUAUUCUUCAAAUUGAGAAUUGGGCUCUGGUAUCACUCUGGCCGCCCAACUGUAAACAAUUCUGGCUCCGCCCCUCACAUUGUCUUGUCACUAUAGUCGCCUAGUGUCGCAAUUCAAAUCGGAAUCAGCAAAUAAUCCGAUGAAAAGCACGUGUAGACCUAAAGUAGAAGACUAUACGAUGGUAACAGAACACCCCUUCUUAUGCCGGGCCACCACAUAUUCGUCCACCGUGCAGUCUUAAACCAAGGACCCCCUGUAAAUACCUUUGUCAUCUUUAGAGCGGACAUAUGCUUUUUUUUUUCCACAAUGUAAAAAAAAAAAAAAAGCUCUCAGGUGACUUCAUGAAAUUUCUUUUCCCAAGGAGCAAGAAUUACAGCAUGCUAAUAUGUGCAUCCAACAACAGUGCAGAUCUGCUUAGCGUAUGGCUUUGAUUCGACAAGAUUUCCGUGUAGUUUGGGCGGCACUUGUAAAUCUUGGCGUUGCCGAGACUCCCGGUCAACGGGAUCGGGGGUGCUUCUUUAAAUACGAUGAACUGUGACUUUACAAUCUGGGAAAAUGCAUAAGUGCUCACUCACAUUUUUUUUUUUUUUGAAGGGGGGGGGGUGAAGUGGACACUUUAUUGAUCCUAUGACGUCCUCAUUGGUGCCCUCAUCUCAAAUACAUUCCAAACUGGACAAUUUACACAUACUUUGUUUGAGUCUCGCAGGCUGCGUGUUUCCUUCCUGAGAUGAUGUUUGUUUUUGUUUUUUUUUCUUCUAAACUAACCCUUGUUCGCUAGUCGUGUUGAUGAAUGUCGCGCGUAGUGAAUGCUGCAUGUACUUUUGAAAGACACCAAGCUGGAAUGUUUCGUCAAGAAAAUUAACAAUCGCUUAUUGUUAACGGAAUGACGAGGCUCUCUCUGAAUGUUCUGAACUCCCGUUUCAGGUUUCAUUGCGUGGAUGUCACUCCACUUUGUUUAAUUAAUGUCAUCUUGGGGUUCUGUACAGUGGAUGGCCCAAACUAGUUGAGAGCCUCGGCUGAUUCGAGACACCGUUAUGCCAAUAAUCAACUUUGUAUCUUUAAUUUUUUUAAUUAAUUGAUUAUUUCGACCGCAAACUUUUUUUUUUGGGGCGGGGGGGUGCAUUGGAUGUGCCAGUGACUUGAAAUUUUGUGCCUUUUUUUUUUUUUAAGUCCAUAUAUUUGUGAUUGUCUUGGAUCGUUGUUCAAUCUUUUUGGGGUUUAAAAUCAACAUUGACUGAAAAAAAAAUCAAUGUGACCAAAAGAAGAUGAUUUGAUCAUUAAAAUAAUUAAUCGGCAAGCACUUACUGUUAAAAUAUUGACUUUUGUGAACAUAAUGAUUGGAAGCGGCGCCCUGGGAGUUGUGACAAAGUGUAAAGAGAAAAAAAAAAAGAAAGCCACAAAGAAUGAUUGUAUAUUCUUUCGUGGACGCGACAUUCCUUCACCAAGCCGGCAAAUUACAUGUCAAUCAGUGUAGUGGAUCUGUGUAUGUGGCGCAUGCAACAAACAUAGUGUUUCUCCAAACGUGAACAUCCUAGUUAAUCAGUCAGUCGUACAUUAUAAAGAAAUUAAAUCUACUUCCAUUGUUAGAAGACCAAACGCGACCAAGUUUUGAUGGGCAGGAUUAAAAAUGUUCUUUGGACUUAUUGUUUUAGUGAAAUGAUGCACAAUUUCUGGAAGUUGUGUGUCAUCUGCUUCUUGGAAUACUGUUAACGUUUAAAUAUGAGACUCAAAACUCCGGCACAGGUUUCUAACUGUUUUGAUUUAAUUACUAUUCUUAUUUUUGCUUGAUCAAUUUGCUGCAGCUGCAUUCCAUUUGAUAUAUUUGCUUACACUCCUUUUAUAAAGAAAAGCCUGAGUAAGCGUUGGGGUCUAAGGUGAUUGAAUUGAUUGUUUCCCUCCCGAUUAUUAUCAUGAAUAUGUAGUGCAGUCGUAGUCGUUUUGUCCUGCUGUUUUUUGUUUUCCUUUCUAACUGAAAGAAUGAAAAAUAAGACGUUUAUCAGAUAGUGAAACUUGAGAUACAGUACUGUAUUUGUAUUUUCCAUACUGCAUUAUAAGAAUGCAUCUAUAGUCUCCUGUUGUCCAAAUAAAAGCGUUGAUAAUGUUUA